GCAGGGAUCAUGAGGGGGCAGAAACUGAGCCGCCUGCGCAUGUACGCGGGAUCCCAUCGUCAUCAGUCGCACUAGUCAAACAAACUCAACUUCAACGAUACCCCACGGUGAGAGCUUUAGAAGCGAGUUCCCACUGCACACCCUUACUCACCUCCACCAUGUCCCUCCCCGCCGUGAAAGCCAUCCUCAUCGACAUCGAGGGCACCGUGUGCUCCAUCAGCUUCGUCAAGGACAUUCUCUUCCCGUACGCGCUCGACGCCACGCGCUCAUUCCUCGUCCAGAACUGGUCCGAGCCCUGGUUCCAGCCCUACCUCCUCGCCUUCCCCGAGCCCUCGCGCGACACCCCCGAAAACCUCGAGGAAUUCAUCCGCUAUGCCACUUCUGCGGACCUCAAAAUCCCCUCGCUCAAGGGCUUCCAAGGACUCCUGUGGAAGGACGGCUACACGAGCGGCGCGAUCAAGGCUCCCAUCUACGACGAUGUACUCCCGGCGCUCCGCCGCUGGAGGGACGAGGGGAAGAAGGUGCUUGUCUACUCCUCGGGCUCGGUGCCCGCGCAGAAGCUGCUGUUUCAGCAUACCGAUACGGAGAUGGCGGAUAUGACGCCGCUGUUCGAUGGUUACUACGAUACUGUCAAUGCUGGGUUGAAGCAGAAGGCGACCAGCUACAGGAAGAUCAUCGAGCAGGAGGGGAUCGACGCCGACGGCUGGUUGUUCUUGAGCGAUAAUGUUGGCGAGGUGGAGGCGGCAAAGGAGGCGGGGAUGGAUGCGAUUGUGCUCGUGAGGCCGGGGAAUAGCCCACUGGAUCAGGAUGUCGGGAAGAAGCACACUGUUGUGGAGACCUUCUCGGCGAUCUCGGUUUAGAGAUUGAUCUUUGAGAUGAUUGGGAAGUGUAUUGAGCGGGAGAUGUGAUGUGGCUAAAAUACGAUGGUGAUUUGGACGAGGAGUGAGGAGAAGGGGAGGAGAGGGACUAUGACAGAGAGCAGGCAAGUGCAGAAUUUGUGUCCUCGUGAAUUCAAAGGACUCAACAACUUCCUCUGCAUAAUGUAAAGACGAAUGCCUACAUGAACACUUGAGAUACC